CCGCCUGCAGACCCUGACUCUGGCUGGCAGUAGCGCCCGGGGCCUGGGCUCAGGCCUGGGCAGGACUAGGCCACCUUUAGGCUUCGGGCCUCAGGAACCAUCGGACUUCGUGAGCCUGGGCCUCGGGGAGGGAGAGACCCCGAUGCCAGCACGGAGCCCUGGGCAGCGGGCGGGCAGGGAAGGUGGCAGUCUUCAGGGGUGCCUGGACUCACACCAACACCCCCGCCCCCAUGUGUGCAGCCGUGUUGCCGCCUGCUGGGCUAUGAGCAGUCAGAGCGCCGUCUCCACAAGAGUUUACAAAUGAAAAUGGAGGAAAUGUCUUUGUCUGGCCUGGAUAACAGCAAACUAGAGGCCAUCGCUCAGGAGAUUUAUGCGGACCUGGUCGAGGAUUCUUGUCUGGGCUUCUGCUUUGAGGUGCACCGGGCCGUCAAGUGUGGCUACUUCUUCCUGGACGACACGGACCCUGAUAGCAUGAAGGAUUUCGAGAUCGUGGACCAGCCGGGGUUGGACAUCUUUGGGCAGGUCUUCAACCAGUGGAAGAGCAAGGAGUGCGUGUGCCCCAACUGCAGCCGCAGCAUCGCCGCCUCCCGCUUUGCCCCCCACCUGGAGAAAUGCUUGGGGAUGGGCCGGAACAGCAGCCGCAUCGCCAACCGCCGGAUUGCCAACAGCAACAAUAUGAACAAGUCCGAGAGUGACCAAGAGGACAAUGAUGACAUCAAUGACAAUGACUGGUCUUACGGCUCGGAGAAGAAAGCCAAGAAGAGAAAGUCAGACAAGCUGUGGUAUCUCCCAUUCCAGAACCCCAACUCCCCUCGAAGAUCCAAGUCUUUAAAACACAAAAAUGGGUUCUCUGUCUGUACCUCUGCACCAAACACCCUUCCCCUUCUUUUUUCUUCUUCAGGGGAACUUAGCAAUUCGGAUCCUUUUAAGUAUAGCAACUCCACCGGGAUCAGCUACGAGACCCUCGGACCAGAGGAGCUACGGAGCCUGCUAACCACGCAAUGUGGGGUGAUCUCCGAACACACCAAGAAGAUGUGUACAAGGUCCCUGCGCUGUCCCCAGCACACAGAUGAGCAGAGGCGAACUGUGCGGAUUUAUUUCCUCGGAUCCUCAGCCAGUGUCCUCCCAGAGGUCGAGAGCUCCCUGGACAAUGACAGCUUUGACAUGACCGACAGCCAGGCCCUGAUCAGCCGGCUUCAGUGGGACGGCUCCUCUGAUCUCUCGCCUUCUGAUUCAGGCUCCUCCAAGACGAGUGAAAAUCAGGGAUGGGGUCUAGGUACCAACAACUCCGAGUCUCGGAAAACCAAGAAAAAAAAAUCCCACCUGAGCCUGGUAGGGACUGCCUCCGGCCUGGGAUCUAACAAGAAGAAGAAGCCAAAGCCUCCGGCCCCCCCGACGCCGAGCAUCUAUGAUGACAUCAACUGACUCGGGUGCGAGUGAUAGCCUUUGGCUGAGCAGAGCCCUCUCCUGACCCCCACCCAGGUGGCACAGCCUGGCAAAUGGACAGCUGCUGGGGGUUUGGGUUUGGGAAGCUUGGUGGGCCAGGCAGAUGGAGGAUCCGAGUGUGCGCCCCUGGGGGGCGUCGAGGUCCUCUGACAGAGCAUGACCUUCGUCGUGCAGGACUCAGACCUGGACAUACGAUGCCUUGGACAUACGUUUGGUGGGGAGGCGGUUUUCCUAUUUAUUCUGUGAGUUACUGGAGGUCCAGCUAGGCCAGGGGCCUGACCUGGGCACUGUGCCAGGGCACCGCCUGCCCCCCACCCCAGGAACUGGACUAGGCCCUGCCAAGGGUGCAGUGGCUACCCGGGAGGCUGUGGGUCGAAGCUGAGCCUUGUGGGCCUCUCCGCCGCCCUCAGCAAUGUGAAUGGGUCCGGUGCUUGGAGCUGAGGGGCAGGGCUGGGCGUGUCCUGUCUGUGCAGAGUCCUAGCAGAUGCCCUCAGUCUAGGGGGAGGCGGGACAGUCGGUCUGCUGAGGUCGGCGUCGGAGCUGCCACCACCUUCCCUGCCCCCCAUGGGGCAGCCCUUCCCCUCAGUCCCGCGGCCACCUCUGCGGCAGGAGCUGCCCCUUGUUGGGUGUCAGGAGAGGGCCUCAGCCUCACAGCUUCACAGGAUGGGGCAGCAGGACGAGGGAGCUGUCAGCCUCCCUGCCUCCUCUCCACCCCCUGUGGGAGUGGGCCCCAGGUGAGAGGGAACGGUGCUGCUUUAUUUGAAAUGUUUUCUUACCUCAUUCCCUGCCCCAGGAAGGGGCCCAGCCUCACCCUCCUGGGGCGGCCCCGUGGUCCUCCUGCCACCCUGCCCUGUCCCGCCGGGGCAGCCCACGUUCCCGACUGCUGCUUGCCACCCUCUCCACCUUGACCAGCUUCGGUUCCUCAGUGCUCCUGCCUCCGAAGCCUGCCCCAUCCCCCUGCGCUUUUAAGUUAUUUAUUCUGUACUGUGGUUCGGGGCUCUGAGGAAAACCUGCAUCUCCUGCCUCACCCCUUUGCUAGGAGUGGGGUGGGGCGGGGGUGGGCUCUGGGCUCUCAGCUGUCAGUGGGGGAGGGGUGUCCUUGCCCUCCGUGGGGCUGUUAAGCCAGUGUGCCCACCACCUGGUCUGCGUCCUGAAGAUGUGCCACCCUUCCACGCGGGCGCCGCCGCCGCUUCUGGGAGUGAGCUGGAGAACGCCGCCCUGGCUGGGAGCAGAGGUGACUGACGGUGGACCCUGAGCCGAGGUCGCUAGCGCUUGAGGACGUGCCCUUCCCCUCCUCCCAGGAGGGGCCACCCCCAUUUGGGUAGCUUGUACCCAGGACUGUUUGGACUGAUCGGGUUAGGGACCCUAGAGGGUUAAGGGAACAACAGGGAUGGGGCUGCUGUGCCCUGUCUGGACCCCCACUGCCCCUGGGUGGCUCUGAUUGUGGCUGAUGCCUGGUUACAGAUUGGUUUUUAACCCACGAAUUGUGAUGAUUUUUUAAAAAGUCAGAUGAUUUUUGGCAGGCGUUAGAAUAAAUCCUGGGCCUGGGCUCCUGGUUCUCGGCCCUCCAUGGUCUUCUCCCCCCAGGGGAAGCUGGAGGGAGAGGGUCCCGGCAUGCCUCCAGCCUGCGGCCAAGCCAGGGCUCAGAGUGGGCUGAAGGUGGGGAGGCCGCUGCUCCUGCUGCAGGCGGCUGCCACUCAGGCCCCCCCUUCCCCUCUGGCCUCUGUCCCCCUUCUGGUUGGAGGAGGGAGAAGCGGGAAGUCUGGGAACUGGUUUGUCCACAUCAACUCCCCAUUGUUCCUCAGCCGCCCUCCAGGCAGAGCCCCCUGCCCAGGCUGGGUAAGGAUGGGCUUGGUCCAGUAUGGGCCCCAAGGGAGCAAGUCCCUCCUCCUGGGGAGAGUGCUCCUACCAUGUAGUUGACCAGGGGCGAGGAGCACCCACCCCCCCCAGCAGCAGGCUGUGGGCCGGCUCCCAUAACCCACCCAGCUAGGUGUCGUCCCUGUAUCCUAUCAUGUGUCUGAGUGUGGGGGGGUUCUGUACUAAUUUCCUUGGCCGGUGGCUUUUCCUCCCAUGCAUCACUCCCCCCGCAUGCCCAGGGGCCACCCGCCUGGCAUUACCGCAUGCUGGGGUCAUUGGGGGAGGGGGGUGGGGCUCACGCUGUCCUGUGGUCUUGAGAUUUUUAUUUUUGCAUAUGUAAUCCACCCUGUACAGGUAGCUAACUUUGUAAACGCUGUGUAUUCCCUCUGCCCCCAUGGCUGCUGGUGUAAAUAAACUGCAUCUCCCGUUGGUA